AUGAUCGAGCCACAAGGAACCUUGAGUCUUAGGAUAGAAGCCAAGAACGAAGGCUGGGAGAGUGUUCCAGUGGCUAAUUCAAGGAGGGACUGUGACCAACGACCUCGUGCCUAUUGUUUAGGAGCUAUCACCAGUGGGUCAGGUGCCCAGGGGGGCUUCCUGGGAAGGUGGGCUAAUUUGGUAGGACCAAUGAACCGGGGGGGAAAUUGGCAGUCAGUAACAGAUGUCACUACUCCUCUCAUAAAACGAAUAGUAGAACCAAGUCUCGACGCAAUUCAAUGGAGGGGACUUCUAAUGUGUAUAAUGUCAAGGGCCUUGAGUCUUUCUCAGCUGAAAGCCAUCAAGGACGGAAAGCCUCUCCUACUCUGGGAAAAGGAGGCAUGGAAAAAAGCUCUUAAUAAAGGUGUCACGAAUCCUUGGAAUUCGGACGCUAAAGGACAGGGAAUGUUAAUAGCAGUGGUUUGUUUGAUACAUGCAAUGAUAGGGUAUGACAAGGGACCAGAAGGACCCAACCCUACAGUCAGGAAUAUAUGCACCAAUGUAUGGGACCAAGUCAAGUUGGAAUUACAGGAGGUGCCUCAAGGCUCAUCCAAUAGACAUAUCAAGACACUGGAUGAAUUCCUGGACAAGUUGAAGAAGGAUGAGGCUGGAUCCAGCUUAUCUUACCCUAACCUGGGCCUCUUGUUGAGUCUAUAUUAUGGAUUGAAUCAAUGCGGGGAGUAUCGAGGAAACUAUGACUUAACGGCACUAGUGAGAACCAGUGGGUGGGAACUGGGGGAGAUGGGGAGUUGUUCAAUAGACCAAAAUACUUUCAUGUGUGGAGGAGGUACAGGCCAACCCGUGGGCUCUACACUGAAUAUGUGGACAAAUAGGAAAAGUUCGUUAAUAUCUGGGCAGUUAAAGGAAGCGCCAACAACUACACAAACUAAAUUGGUUACCCAGGAUAGUGAGGAGGACGUAACGAAACUUAAGCAGCAACAACGACAGAGGAAUCAGGACUUCAUCAGACAAAGCACCAACCAAAUGGAAGCCAGUCACAGGCACUACUCAGAGUCAAGCGUAGUUUAUGGGAACACCCCGGCCAACAUGCAACUUCACCGAAAACCAGGUUCCGACGGAGGAUCGAAGCCCCCUGCCGGCGUAUCCGAAGCCGAAAUUAAUGUGAGGGAUGCUGGUGAUGAGACAAAAUCCAUUAAGAGCCCCAGAAAAUAUGAGGUCCAAAAGGAAGAUAACACAACUCGGGACAUUAUUAACGAACAGGGAGCCCCUGAAAAAACAGCGGCUCAAAAAGAGCAAAAGAAGCAACAAGUCCCGGUAAAAGAUCCCAGCUCCCCCCCUCCAGAUCUCAGAAGUCACCUCCCACAACAAACUCCAGAUGGGGAAGGAUUGGCAGAUAAGUCCAUGACGCAGCAACCCUCCUCCCCACCAACACAAUCGAGCGUGGGUCCGAUUGUAGGGGGCAUUGUCGCGCUUUUUCUAGCCAUAGGGGGGGUCUAUGGUAUUUAUCGGGUGUAUCUGAGGCCUGUAAGUAGACUCAAGCCAGAUUCCGCCGGGACGGAGAAUAGUAAAGGGCGUGUGAGUUAUGGGCCCUAUAUUCCCACGUGA